AUGUGCUAUAAACUGAGCCGAUCUCCCCUGCCCUCCUCCACAUUCUUCGCCGAUACCCUGCGGCCGAGCUCGCAGCUGUCUGGAGCGAGACCGGCGGGAGCAAAGGAAGAAUGGCGACGGCCGGCGGCAGACGGGUCAUCACUUGUUACGGCGCCGCCGUGCUGCUCGCCGCGGCGCUGCUGCUCUCCGCACCGGACGCCACAGAGGCUUAUGAUUCCUUGGAUCCAAACGGCAACAUCACUAUAAAAUGGGACGUCAUGCAAUGGACUCCUGAUGGAUAUGUUGCUGUUGUCACAAUGUACAAUUACCAACAAUUCCGGCACAUUGGAGCACCUGGGUGGCAGCUGGGGUGGACAUGGGCAAAGGAGGAGGUCAUCUGGUCGAUGGCUGGGGCUCAGGCCACCGAGCAGGGUGACUGCUCACGUUUCAAGGGCAACAUUCCCCACAGCUGCAAGAAAGAUCCCGUGGUCGUUGAUUUACUUCCAGACACUCCGUACAACAUGCAGAUAGCAAACUGCUGCAAAGCAGGAGUGAUAAGUACGUUUACUCAGGACCCGGCAAAUGCUGCCGCCUCCUUCCAGCUCAGUGUAGGUCUUGCUGGGACUACCACUAAGGCCGUUAAGCUGCCAAGGAACUUCACUCUUAGGACUCCUGGUCCCGGGUACACCUGUGGGCGUGCUAUCGUUGGCAAGCCUAGUGUGUUUUUCACCGCGGAUGGGCGCAGGGCAACCCGGGCUUUUAUGACAUGGAAGGUGACUUGCACUUAUUCUCAAUUCCUCGCUCAGAAGCCUCCAUCCUGCUGUGUAUCUCUAUCCUCGUUCUACAACGACACCACCGUGUCUUGCCCUACAUGCUCUUGUGGCUGCCAAAACCCAAACGGGACAAACUGUGUGAAGGGGUCACCUCAUCUAGGAUCUGCAAUCGACGACCCUGGCAAGUGGACUGGCCAGCCUCUCGUCGAGUGCACUUCCCACAUGUGCCCGGUAGGAAUCAACUGGCAUGUGAAGCAGAACCACAAGGACUACUGGAGAGUGAAGAUCACCAUCACAAACUUCAAUUUCCGCAUGAACUACACGGAGUGGAACUUAGUCGUUCAGCAUCCAAAUUUUGACAACAUCACUCAGCUGUUCGGCCUCAACUACAAACCACUGACCCCAUACGGGGGCGACAUAAAUGAUACCGCAAUGUUCUGGGGCGUAAAACCCUACAACGAUGUGCUGAUGCAAGGCGGUAAUAAGCUUGGGAGCGUGCAAGGAGAGCUGCUUCUCCGCAAGGACUCCCAGACUUUCAUCUCUGAAAAGGGAUGGGCCUUCCCUCGCCGGGUGUACUUGAAUGGUGAUAACUGCGUCAUGCCAUCUCCAGAAGAUUAUCCAUCGUUGCCGAGAAUGCAAGCCCUGUAACGAAAGAACCGUCCGGGUGAUUAUGGUUCAUUGCCAAUUUCCACAGAAUAAAUGCUAGGGAGGGCAGCUUGAAGAGCCACUUUUAGCAACCAUAGAUCGUCUGGACUUAGGCAAUGGGAGCCCUACUGCUGGCGGGCGCGAUUAACCAUCGCUUCGGGUGACGGUUCCGUGAACUAUCACCUGAACCGGGGAAAUUUAUUGCUACAGGUUGCAGUUAUUUUAUUUUGGGCCGCACGUAUAAUUUGAUUCAUCAGGCCCACAUACUUAAUGGGAAAAUUAACAUCA